CUGAUGCUUCCACACGGAGAACAGGAGAGCAUCUCAUCCUGCUAACCUUUUCUGUUCUUGCUCAAGUUUUUUUUUUAUACCGAGGGUGCAAAUAUCAGAAAUGAAGUCAAUAUUUUUUCGUACGAGAGCCUGAUAAAUCAACACAUAUAUUUUUAAUAUUACAGAAAAUUAUUAUUCUGUUGCUCUCAUAAAAGAGCAAUGGAUUUUGUUCUCGCUGCCAGCGUUAAGUAAGCCUUUGCCAAAGAACAAAACAUUAUUUUGGGAGAUGGGCAGCACUGCGAUGGAUCCUAAAAAGAAAGAUGAGAAGAAAAAUUCAAGAAAAAGGAGGUCGCUUCGGAUAAACAUGCCUGACUUGAGCUCCUUUGCCAUGCCGUUCCUGGAAGGAGAUGCAGAACAUGCCAACAAGGACGGCGUGUGCAAGGGGGAGCUUAGCUGCCGUUCAGCCAGCCCGACCAAAAACUUCUUCAGCCGGGGUCCGUUCAGUCGGCCCUCUAGCCCCAUGUCCGCUCCGGCCCGAUUCAGAAACAGCCCUGGAUCUCCCAAAACCAUCUUCCCCUAUUCCUCGAACCACGACUCCUCGCCCAAGUGUUCACGUCGCCGCAGCUUCACCGGAAUCUUUCGCUCAUCCUCCAAAGACUCCACAAAUCCCUCCACGUCUCCUGUGAGCAUCAAACUUUUCUCCCGGGCCAGGAAAGCCUCUGGUAUCUCUUCAUCACCCACCACUCCAACACAACUGACCAAGCAGUCUUCAUCAUUUCUUCUGGAAGUCAGUCGGAAUGCCCCUGUGCACCGUUCCUCGUCCUCCCCCCUCGACACGGGACAGCACCACAACCCGCCUGUCACAAAACCACCUCCCUGUCCAUGCUCUGCACCGAUAUCUACCUCACGUGCGGUCCACUGUUUAUCUGAAGACAUGCUGGAGAAACUCGAUCUCGAGGAUGAAGCCGUUGAACAAUCUGAGAGCGACAUUUACAUGCGGUUUAUGAAGUCACAUAAGUGCUAUGACAUCGUCCCUACCAGCUCCAAGCUCGUGGUCUUUGACACAACGCUGCAGGUAAAAAAGGCCUUUUUUGCCUUGGUGGCAAAUGGAGUCCGAGCCGCCCCUCUGUGGGAGACCAAGAAACAGAGUUUUGUGGGCAUGCUAACCAUCACAGACUUCAUCAACAUACUUCACAGAUACUACAAAUCACCCAUGGUACAAAUCUAUGAGCUUGAGGAGCAUAAAAUUGAGACGUGGAGAGAGCUCUAUCUACAAGAAACAUUUAAGCCUUUAGUGAACAUAUCUCCAGAUGCAAGCAUAUUUGAUGCUGUGUAUUCACUGAUCAAAAACAAGAUCCACCGGUUACCCGUCAUCGACCCUGUCAGUGGAAAUGCACUUUACAUUUUGACGCACAAAAGGAUCUUGAAAUUCCUUCAGCUAUUUGUGUGUGAGAUGCCAAAGCCCGCCUUUAUGAAGCAGACACUGGAGGAGCUGAGCAUCGGGACCUACAGCAACAUCGCCUUCAUCCACCCCGACACGCCGAUCAUCAAAGCACUCAGCAUCUUUGUGGAGAGGAGAGUGUCAGCACUUCCUGUGGUGGAUGAGUCGGGAAAGGUCGUAGAUAUUUAUUCCAAAUUUGAUGUCAUUAAUCUUGCUGCUGAAAAGACGUACAACAACCUGGACAUUAGCGUGACGCAGGCGCUGAUGCACAGGUCACAGUACUUUGAAGGGGUCAUGAAGUGCAACAGAUUUGAGACACUGGAAACAAUAGUAGAUCGGAUAGUCAAGGCUGAGGUGCACAGACUGGUGGUGGUGGAUGAGAACGGCAGCAUCGUGGGCAUCGUCUCUUUGUCAGACAUCCUCCAGGCACUUGUUCUCAACCCCACAGGUAUGACCAGGAAGGAGAGCGAAGCGGAGACGGAGUGAUGCGUGCUGAGAUUGCUGGGUCAUGCGAUGUCGCUGUAAGAGACUGAAGUAGAAGCGGAGACCACGAGUUUGGGCCACAUCUCAGAACGAAAGAGCGAAUCUUGAGGGAACUUGACCUAGAUGUGUGCCGUUAGGGAGCAAAGGAAUGCUUACACAGGCUGGUUAUUUGGUCUCUUAUCUCAUUUUUUAGAUGGACUGAGAACGGGCCGAUUAAGGUGGAUCAUCUCUUAUUCAGAAGGAUACUGUGAACUCUGCCUAUUAUAUCACACUAAGCUUCUGCACGCACACUAUGAUAACUAUACCUUUAGAUAGACCUAAAAGUACGCCAUCUGGUGUUUGGAUAGCGGUCUGCAUUCAGACCGCGGAUUGUACCACAAUCGCCUCUGUCGGAGGGGGUCGUCUGUGCGCUGGCAGGGCAUUCAGUAAUAAUCUCAGUAUUCAGUGCAUGUUAUGACUGUUUGUUUCUCGUGUAUAUACGAUUUUCGGCUUGUGGCGUAUGAGCCAGUUCACAUAUUUGUACUUUUGACUACUCCUCCUGAAUUUAGGAACUCGUUUAGUCUUUCUCGGCCACAGUCCCUUUGUAAAUGCAGACAGAAAUGGUUUCCUCUGUAUCUGUCUAUGGUGCCUUCUGUCCAGCAGUUAUCGCCCACUACUGGUUGCCAAUAGAACAAGAUUAAUUGAAUGUUUAAAUAUAUCAAAGUGAAUGUUACAGUUGUAAACGAAACAAACAAAAAAAACACACAAAAAAAACCAAAAGCCCCUUUUUUGCUGUUUUAGUGUGUGUUGCUCAUUUUAUUUAUUGCAGAGCUCUACAUUUCUUCACUUUGGGUGUUCAUUAUUUUCUCGAUGUUUCUGAAAUGAUGCUGUAAAUGAUAAUUAAAAUGUUUAUUUAUUUAUAUUUAACACUUUUGUAAUUUUGAAAGCGAUAUCUAAGUGUGAGAUGGAAAGAUCUACGAAGCCCCUAUGCAGUAAAACCACGUGCUGAUCAAUGACUUGAUGUUCAAUGCAAUUCAACCUUAAAAUCCCACCUUGUUGUUUUCCUGUCCAUGAGGCGACUGACCUUCUUGUUUGUAUCAAUUGUACUGUACACGCACGCAGAGCUUCAGUCUGAGGAAUCUACAAGUGCCAGAGAAAGGUCUAUUUUUCUGUGUAUUUGAUGUUGUUUGUAAUACUUCACAUUUUAUGUUUUCAUCGUUUGUUUUGCAGAUAUGUUGCUGUUGUUUUUAUGGAAGAGUAAUGUCCAGAGAUAAAUGCACAUCACUGGCAUUAGAACGCUAAAGGAUAAUCAUGCUUUAGAUUCGUUUUUUUAUUUACAGUUAAAUAAAAAAGAAUAAACAAAGUCUCUGAAACUUUU